CAGGUUUUGGAUAUAUAUAGUUCAAGGAAACAGGUUAUGCUGAGGUUAUGAUUUUGUUAGUAAAUUGGCUAUUUUCCAGGUCAUGUUGGCGAUAGGCUUUCCAUUUUCUGUUGUGACAUGUUGGUAAUAAUUUUCAGACUGCUCAGGAAGCCAGAUUUCAUCUCUAUGGUAGGUCAGAUAUCAAAGCAGUAUUCUGUGGGUUUUGGCCACUAUGAUUGCUUUGUAGAACUUUUACUAAGUUUCUAGUCAAACUUGUCAGCGGUGACCUAAAAUGUAUGACAUAAAAAGUGUUAAUAUCUAUUGAGAGAAUUCUGUGAUUCAGGAUCUUUCCUAAGUGGUUUUUGUGGAUUAUCUCAGUUCUUACACCAACUCCAUGAAGUAGGUACUUUCCAGUGUUCCCAUUAUACAGGUGUGGAAACUGAGGCAUAGAGGAUUUAAUUAAUUUCCCCAAGGUCUCAGUAAGUGUCAGAACUGAGACUGAAGCCUGGCAGUAUGAUUUAAAGCUCUUGCUCUCAAUGGCUGCACUAUAUUGCAGAUAACUGGACAGCUCAAUGGAGUCUGAGCAGCUGUUCCAUAGAGGCUACUAUAGAAACAGCUACAACAGUAUAACAAGUGCAAGUAGCGAUGAGGAACUUUUAGAUGGAGCAGGUGUCUUUAUGGACUUUCAAACUUCUGAAGAUGACAAUUUGUUAGAUAGUGACACAGUAGUUGGAACUCAUUACACAAUGACAAAUGGAGGCAGCAUUAACAGCUCUACACACUUGCUGGAUCUUUUGGAUGAACCAAUUCCAGGAGUUGGUACAUAUGAUGAUUUCCAUACUAUUGAUUGGGUUCGAGAGAAAUGUAAAGACAGAGAAAGGCAUAGACGCAUCAACAGCAAAAAGAAAGAAUCAGCAUGGGAAAUGACGAAAAGUUUGUAUGAUGCGUGGUCAGGAUGGCUAGUGGUAACACUCACAGGGCUGGCAUCUGGGGCAUUGGCUGGAUUAAUAGACAUUGCUGCUGAUUGGAUGACUGACCUAAAGGAGGGCAUUUGCCUUAAUGCAUUGUGGUACAACCAUGAACAGUGUUGUUGGGGAUCUAGUGAAACAACAUUUGAGGAGAGGGAUAAAUGUCCACAGUGGAAAACUUGGGCAGAAUUAAUCAUAGGUCAAGCAGAGGGUCCUGGUUCUUACAUCAUGAACUACAUAAUGUACAUCUUCUGGGCCUUGAGUUUUGCCUUUCUUGCUGUUUCCCUGGUAAAGGUAUUUGCUCCAUAUGCCUGUGGCUCUGGAAUUCCAGAAAUUAAAACUAUUUUGAGUGGAUUCAUCAUCAGAGGUUACUUGGGAAAAUGGACUUUAAUGAUUAAAACCAUCACAUUAGUACUGGCUGUGGCAUCAGGUUUGAGUUUAGGAAAAGAAGGUCCUCUGGUACACGUUGCCUGUUGCUGUGGAAAUAUCUUUUCCUACCUCUUUCCAAAGUAUAGCACAAAUGAAGCUAAAAAAAGGGAGGUGCUGUCAGCUGCCUCAGCUGCAGGUGUUUCUGUAGCUUUUGGUGCACCAAUUGGAGGAGUUCUUUUUAGUCUGGAAGAGGUUAGCUAUUAUUUUCCUCUUAAAACUUUAUGGAGAUCAUUUUUUGCUGCUCUAGUUGCUGCAUUUGUCUUGAGAUCCAUUAAUCCAUUUGGUAAUAGCCGUCUGGUCCUUUUUUAUGUGGAGUACCAUACACCAUGGUACCUUUUUGAACUGUUUCCUUUUAUUCUCCUUGGGGUAUUUGGAGGGCUUUGGGGAGCCUUUUUCAUUAGGGCAAAUAUAGCUUGGUGUCGUCGACGCAAAUCCACCAAGUUUGGAAAGUACCCUGUUCUUGAAGUCAUUAUUGUUGCAGCCAUCACUGCUGUGAUAGCCUUCCCUAAUCCAUAUACCAGGCUCAACACCAGUGAGCUGAUUAGAGAGCUUUUUACAGACUGUGGGCCCCUGGAAUCCUCUUCUCUUUGUGACUACAGAAAUGACAUGAAUGCCAGCAAAAUUGUUGAUGAUAUUCCUGAUCGUCCAGCAGGCCUCGGAGUAUAUUCAGCUAUAUGGCAGUUAUGCUUAGCACUCAUAUUUAAAAUCAUAAUGACAGUAUUCACCUUUGGUAUCAAGGUUCCGUCAGGCUUGUUCAUCCCCAGCAUGGCCAUCGGAGCGAUUGCGGGGAGGAUCGUGGGGAUUGCGGUGGAGCAGCUUGCGUAUUACCACCACGACUGGUUUAUCUUCAAGGAGUGGUGUGAGGUUGGGGCUGACUGCAUCACUCCCGGCCUUUAUGCCAUGGUCGGCGCUGCUGCAUGCUUAGGUGGAGUGACAAGGAUGACUGUCUCCCUGGUGGUUAUUGUUUUUGAGCUUACUGGAGGCCUGGAAUAUAUUGUCCCCCUUAUGGCUGCAGUAAUGACCAGUAAAUGGGUUGGAGACGCUUUUGGCAGGGAGGGCAUUUAUGAAGCGCACAUCCGGUUAAAUGGAUACCCUUUCUUGGAUGCAAAAGAAGAAUUCACUCAUACCACCCUGGCUGCUGAUGUCAUGAGACCGCGAAGGAACGAUCCUCCCUUAGCUGUCCUGACACAGGACAACAUGACAGUGGAUGAUAUAGAAAACAUGAUUAAUGAAACCAGCUACAAUGGCUUUCCUGUCAUAAUGUCAAAAGAAUCUCAGAGAUUAGUGGGAUUUGCCCUCAGAAGAGACCUGACGAUUGCAAUAGAAAGUGCCAGAAAGAAACAGGAGGGUAUCGUGGGCAGCUCUCGUGUGUGCUUUGCACAGCACACGCCGUCUCUUCCAGCAGAAAGUCCUCGGCCCUUGAAGCUCCGCAGCAUUCUCGACAUGAGCCCGUUCACAGUGACGGACCACACCCCCAUGGAGAUCGUGGUGGAUAUCUUCCGAAAGCUGGGCCUGAGGCAGUGCCUUGUCACUCACAAUGGGAUUGUCUUGGGGAUCAUCACAAAGAAGAACAUAUUAGAACAUCUCGAGCAACUAAAGCAGCACGUCGAACCCUUGGCGCCUCCUUGGCAUUAUAACAAAAAAAGAUAUCCUCCGUCAUAUGGUCCAGACGGCAAACCAAGACCCCGCUUCGGUAAUGUUCAACUGAAUCCUGUAGAUGAGAGAGAGGAGGCGGAAGAGGAAGUCCAUUUGUUGAAUAGCACAACUCUGUAACCCAAGGGAGUCAUCUACUUAUAUUUCUCCUUUAAACAAAAAAAAGAGAAAGAAGGAAAUAUAAAAGCCAGGGUUUUGCAACAUGGUUUGCAAAUAAUGCUGGUGGAAUGGAGGAAUUGUUUGGGGAGGGAAAGGAGAGAGAAGGAAGUGAGUGAGGUAUUUCUCCCCGAAGGCCAGCAGCCCACCUCCUGCUCUGCACUGGAUGCGCUCAGCUGAGGCCAGGCCCGAAAGUGCAGGCUUGAGCCCGGAGAGGACCCUGGAGCCCCGCAGCGCCGCCUGUUCCUCCAACAUCGCGGAGACAUCAGCCCCCGUUUCCGGAGGGAUGACUUUGAAUUGAGCCAUCUGUAAGACUGCAGGUCUUGCCCUUUUUUAUCAGAACUGUUCUGUUUAAUUCAUGAGUCGCAUAGUUAAACAUUAUCUUUCUACAUUCCGGAAGAGCUUUUCUUUCUCCUCCCCACCCCUCCCUCUGUAACAAGGCCUCUUUAAACUGGUGUGUCCUUUUGAAGCAGUCCUUUCUCAUAUUGAGAUGUACUGUGAUUUUACUGAGGUUUCAUCACAGGAAGGGAGUGUUGUUUGUGCCACUAACCACGCAGUUUGUACCAUCACCGAAUGCUUGGAGCUGUCACAUGCCCCACCACAAAGGCCAAUCGAACUGGUACAAUCUUGAAGCGUGAAUGAAAUCUCUCAGCUUGUGCGCUGCGUGGUUCAGAAUCUACAAUGAAACGUGACUUGUAAGGAUAAAGCUUUCUUUUUGUUUUCUUUCCUCUCAGACUUUAUGGAUAAUGUGACCUGGUCUUACGCAUAUUUUCUAUGUCUGAAACUCCUAUGAAACAUAAGUACUGUUCAGCAUAAGGAAACAAAGUACUGCUGCUCGGACAGUAAAGAGAAGGAAAUACUCUGUUUAGCUGUAUCUGGUAUUAAUUGCAUGUUUAAACACUGGAAUUUUUUUUCUUCUUGAAAUUAGAUGAGUCAUUUUUUUCUUUCCUCAAGAUAUUUUACUGCUGACACUGAAGAAGAAAUGUAAUUCAUAACUUGCACUAAAUGUAUAUUUCUUUUCCUAAAAAUUUACCAUUCUUAUUUAUAUUUUUAUGGAUUAAAAUUUAUAAAAUACAGAUCAGUUAAUAUCUCACUUAAAUAAUUUUACCUUUUUAAUGUGAUUUUUAUAGACUAAUUCAGACUUACAAAUAUGGAGGUAUGAACAAAGUUUACAAUGGGAACAAGGGUUUAAGAGAGGUUGUGGUUAUUUCUCUAUGAUCUAAUGUGUACGUAAAUCUUUUUCUGAUCUCUCACUGCCAUGCCCUGGAUUAUAUCUUCUGACCUGUCCAUUCUGACUCAUUAACUGGAAAGUUGAAACACUACAAGUCACUUAGCAGAUUAAAAAUCAAACGUUAAAUAGUGUUUACCUUUAUAAAAAAAAUAAAAUGAAAACAAUAAAGUUGCAAAGGUAGCAGAUAAAAUUGUAAUCGGAACGUAACCUUUGAAUCUUUGGGUAUGUCACAUCCAGAAGUGUUCAAUGAUGUUUUGACUGUUCAUAGUGCAAGUUUUUGCAGGAUGAAUUGAAAACGUAUUUGGGAUUUUUGUUUUUGGAAAUAUCUGUCUCAAUCAUGGUCUUAAUUCAGUAUCAGCAAAGGCAGUUUACUUGAAGGACUGGCCUAAAUAUCCUACGAUUAUGCAUUUUUGGUUGGAAAGUUAAUUUUUGCAGACAUUUUCUGAAACAACUGACAAUGCGCUGCUUUUUUGGAAGUGAUUUUUCACUUCCUAGUUUUUAAUAAUAUAUCCGUAAGACCCCAUAAGAUCGGUAAGAGCUUGAAGAUUUAUAUGAUCAUGAAGCCAUAUUAGAAUGACAAUUGAAAGCUGGACAAAAUUUUAGGAAUUUUAUGAAACAUUCUUAAUUUUUCUAUCUGCCUAAAGUUGGUCUUUUGUCCAAGACACUUUCCCACUUUGGCAGACUUCAAGUUUUCUUCAUGGCCUCUUCAAAGUUUAUUUGACCAUCCAGAGUGAGAUCAUUUCUCAACAAUAGGUCUGUGCAUCUGAUCUCCAGCUUGUCUGAAGUGUAUUUGCAGGAUAGAAGGCGCUGCUAGAGCGUGGACUCCUCAGCACUGGAUACUGAACAACUUAAUUGUUUGUCUUGUUACAAGCCUUCGAAGGAGAAAUAAGCUUCUUUGCAGAUAGCUUCAUGACUUUAAACUUCACAUGGGAUUUCAUUUUUCAUGUUUCCUUUUUGAUUCUGGGUCCUCCUUUCAUUGUCCAUCCUGCUUCAGAGACUGACAUUUCAGGGUGAAUAUUCAAGGUGGAUGUUAAUUUUCUUCUUGGUAUAUUUCUAUCCCUGAUGUGACUAUAGCUGAAAUACAGGAAAAGUGCCAUAUUUUUAUGCAUUCAGUGGUUUUCUUUGGCAUUGCUUUCUGUUUCAUUUUUCUUUCUGAUAUGUUGAGGUGUGCCUGCUUUUUAACCAAACUGAAAUAGAGGAGACCAUGAAAUAAAUAUAUGUGCCUGGCUGAUUGGCAAAUAGUAACUGGAGCACCUUAUUUGAGUACCCCUUUUUGAGAAGGUAUGAUGAGAAUGGGCAAGGGUGUCAGCAUCUCUUCUUAAUAAUUGUUUUCAGUUUUGGUUCAUGAAGAAUGCUUAGUUUGUUAAUCUGUGAUGUUGCCUAGCACUGUAUUUAUCUGUUUUUAUUUAUACUAGUGUAGUAAAGCUGCAUAUCAUUACAGUAAAAAUGAUUACUGUGAUGAGUUAAUCAGAAUCUCUAUUAAAAUCUAUAUGACAAUGUG